AUGGCGCAGACCUGGAAGACGCCAAUAACGCCAUGGUACAGAACUUGGGUCUACUUUCUCGUGGCCUGCUUGUCGAGAGCACCGGGCUCAAAUGGUUUCUACGCCACGGCAUCGGAGCACGCGGUCAUGUACCAAUACAACUUUCACGAUGCCGCGAGUGUCUUCGCCGCCAUGAUCCAAACAGAGCCACGGUACUACCAGCCAACCCCAAACACGUCUGCCCCUUUCGCUAGCUCCGUCGGCCUCUUCUCUGGUGACCCGGACUACUCCUGUGCCGCUGGCGACGAGUUUAGUGGUUGCGAUGAAUUGUGGGUCGUUGUGAUGCGCGGCUGCGAGGACAUCUUGAUUGCUGGCGCUGGCCUGUACUCGUGGUUCUCGGCCUACGCCCCAAGAUUGUAUCGGCGGACAGCUGUGCCAGAAGGCACUAGCGCCAAGUACAUGGUCGUUAUGGACGGCAAGGGCAUUGUGGCCAAGGACAACCUCAACGUCAAUGCGCACUCGUUCUAG